GGCGAACACCUUCAGCAACUUUCUGAGGCUAUACUAAAUGCACCGGCGUGGGUACAGCUGAACUUGAAGCCGUCUUUACCUUACGAUGCCCAAGAGCCAGGGAUACUGCGGGUGAUGAUCAAUCAUUCUAGCGAGAAUGCGACACUCGCAGCGAGACAGCAUCAUCGAGUUCUUUCGAACAGCUCAGCAGCUGACGUACGACCACCAGAGGGUGUCCCUGUCUUCUUGCUCGACGCAGUGGUCAUGUCCAUGGACAUCUUGGAGCUAAUACCUAGAAGAAAUACCUCGACAGCGAAGCGAUUAAAGACAUCAACAACCAGCAACAACAUGUCACCAUCAAAGAACAGCCAAGAUACCGAUGGUCUCUGCCACGAACCAACGGAUGCUUUCCCCUUAGCUUCCAAUGCUACGAUUCCCUUACUCUCACCGUCGACUCCGAAAAUACCGCGAUCUCUGGCCCUGUUGGCAGAAAGACCCGCAACAUCCCCAAUGACCCCGCCCUACGAAGCCAUUUACGUAUCACAGCCGAAAAUGCAGGCCUGCAACGUCGAGGUAGAAACACAAGCUUCUGGCACAGGUGUCGAGCCUCCAACCAUGCAGACUCUCAUUGAUGGAGCACUACGGCUUUCCAUCCUCAGUAGCAUCAAUAGCAAGAUGUUACCUGGAAUCAAGAUCAAAGCCAACACGUUCGGAUAUGGUCUCGCAGAUAUCGCACCUACAUUAUGGAAGCCAAGUUACCUUUCGUCCUUGUCACAGAGAGCGAACCUGCUACCGACUAUCAGCCGAUCCCUUCGCCAAUCUGAGGCUACUGUGAGCACCGCAUCUGUGUCCUUGAAACGGAAAUUGUCGUCAUUGGCAGCUCAACUACCAUCUCUUCAGCACAUAGACGGUCGAGAGCAUGCAGAUGCCCUGGACGGGAGUCGCCUGGUCCCGUCCGUCGCCCCUCAGCUCUGGCUACAUCUACAGAAACACACUCCUUGCAAAGCAGCGACUUCAUUGCGAUCCUUCAUCACUGCCGAACCACAGUCCACACCUCUUCCCGAUGAUAUGCUAGAGGAGCCGUGGCAGGAGACUGGAGAAACUCGCAGAUCCAGGCCCAGUUCAGUGGGUCCCGACGGAGGCCGGGCAUCUGGCUUUGAUCAAGCUAUCGAAGGUUGUCCUGCAGCCACAGCAACUUGCGACGGACUUCCGUCGGAAUUGCAUCUCCUCGGGGCAGUAACCACCCGAGACUCCUCGAAGAAUGAUGAUGAUGAACUGCUCCUCGGAGCCGAAUGCUUCGACGAUCCAAAUUUUGUCGCCUUCCGUGGGAGCGAACUCGCGUAACGCCAAUCUCUUU